AUGUCUUCCCUUCCCCAGCCAACACUGUGCAGGCUCCGGACUCACCAGUGGUGCUUCAUCCUCUUUAAUGUCCUGCUUUUCCACGUGCUGCUCUUCGGGGCGGAUUUACUGGAGGAAUAUUUCCUGCACUCCUUUCCCCUGUCCUACACCGAUGCAAAGACUCUGGAGAUCAGGGAGAGGGCCAGGAAGCUGGACAUGGAUCCCCUAAAGGCCAACCUCUCUCACUCUGUCAGCAGUGCAGUGACAUGCUCGGACCAAGAGGUGUUUUUGCUCAUCCUCGUCCACAGCAGCCCAAAAAACAGGACAAGGCGCGACACGAUCAGGCAGACGUGGGGCAACGUGACAGACACCAGAGGUUACACCAUCCUCACUCUGUUUGCUGUAGGAAAGGCAGCUUCAGAAAGCACCCAGCUGGAGAUCAGUGAAGAGGCUCACAAGCACAGGGACAUUAUUGAAGGUGCUUUCAUCGAUUCCCCGCAGACACAGACACAGAAGAUGCUGCUGAGCGUGGAGUGGGCGGUGACUUUCUGUCCCCGGGCGAGAUUUAUCCUCGAAGCAGACGAGGACGUGUUUGUGGGUGUUCCAAGCCUGGCUGGGUACCUGCUGAGCUUAACACAACUAGAGGACAUCUACCUUGGGAGGGUCAUUCAUCAGGGAGUGCCUGACAGGGACCCCCAAAGCCCUGCCUUCGUUCCCCCCCAUCAGUAUCCCGAGGAGUUUUACCCGGAUUUCUGCCACGGCAGCGCCUUCGUCAUAUCCCAGGACGUCGCCCGCAAGGUUUACGUGGCUGCCAAGGAGGUGCCACUGUCAGUGCCCCCAGAUAUUUUUGUGGGAAUCUGUGCUAAGAAAGCUGGGAUCACUCCCAUGCACAGCUCCCGCUUUUCUGGGGGGAAGCACAUCAGCUACAAUCGAUGCUGCUAUAAAUUCAUCUUCACCUCUUCCAACGUGAAGGAGGACGAGCUAUUUAAAGCCUGGGAGGAAACAAGCAGUGGGGAAGAUUGUUCCUUGCUGGAAACCUACUACAGCCUGGUGUCCUGCAGGGUUCUGACCUACAUUGACAAGUUCAAGCAGUUCAACUUGGAUAGAAUAAAAAAUGAGGUUCUUCAUUUUGUCAAUUAAGGCUUAGCUUUGACGAAGAAAGGCUGAAUUUUCUUUUUGGCAGCUGCUUUAUCCUGUAACAUUCAGCAGUAGUGAUGCCCUCCCAAAGUCAGGUCUCCUCCCUUCAACAGCAAAUGAAUUCCCAGAGCUACAGUGUGUGACAGCAGCAAAAUGGAUGUACUCUAUGUAAGUACCUACAAGUGCAUGCAUAUAAGUAAAGUAAGAGUAUUCCAAGAAACUGUCUGUCUCCAGUGUUUUUCAGACUUUUGAGUCCUCAAAACACCUUCUCCACUUUUUAUCCAAGUGAAGCAUCACCAGCUUAUAAAGAAUUUUGUACCAAAGGGGAAGCUUUCCACUCACAGAAGGAGCUGCUUCUGAGCAGGCUGGUUUACAGCACUAGGGAAAGGGAGAGGAGCAGACACUGAGCCAGCAUGGAAAUGGCUCAGGGAGAUUCCAGGCAAGAAAUCCAACUUGCCUGUUAAAGAAUCUUGUAUUUCUGUCAGUCAUGGCUUCAGAGACACACUGACAAGGCAGCUCCAGGACACAGAAGCACGCUGGAGAACAGCGCCAGCAGCAAGGGUAGAACAGAUUCACCAGCAAACUGGUAACACCAACAUCAUUAAAAAUGGAAAAAUUCCCCAAAGCAGGAACAAGUCCCAGAACACAAAACCCAUCCACACCUCCCUCCUCCAGAUAAACUCUUCCAUGUCCACUCUUUCAGCAGCAGGACCAGCUGGUCAGGUUUGUCCUACAACUGAGACACCCAUGUACCUCUGACAGCCCCAGCUACUCUUCCCACUGGGAUUAAAGGACUUGGAGGUGUGUUCCCAAGGACCCACAAUUCUGAAAUACCAAGUUAUUCUGCUUGUUAACUUUGGCCAAAUGUUGAGUUUUGGUUUGGGGUUUUCUGUGUGGGUUUGUUUUGUUCUUUAAACUAAAAGUUUAGCGUGUUA